AUGGUGUUAGCCGCGCUAUUCGUAUCGCAAGCCAUCGCGAGCGCCAUAGUCUUUCCCAGUACAGGACCGUCUCCCAGGCUAUCCAAGAGGGACUUCCGAAUCAAGGAGGACAGGUUAAGCUCAGUCAGCGGCCCUUGGCCAGACGGCAGGAUCGUCUGGUGCUUCGAAUCCCACGGCGACGCCGACAGUGAAGACACCUUCAAACAAGUCGUCCAGAUCGCUGACGACGCCUGGAACUAUAUCUGGAAGGAAGCUCUCAAAGGCAAAUCCAGCCUCCAGUGGCUGGCCGCCGACGAAAAGAAGCCGGAUUGCAACGACCUGGACAAGCACGGAGACAUGCUGCACAUCGAAUUCAAUGAUCUGCACUUCGCCGACUCGCCGGUAGGCUGGCAAGGCUACGGCUAUGGUGCCAACCUGGUGAACUUCGACCCCAGCCCCGACUACGGCGCAAAAGAUGCCGUGGUCAACUUUGCGCACGAGAUGGGUCACGUGUUCGGUCUCCUGCACCCGCACCAGCGGCCGGACGCCUGGGAAGAACCGGCCGUACUAAAGCUCAAAUGCGAGAAUCUCCACGACUACGAAGAGAUGGAGACAUUGGGACACAGGAUGGACGAGCUCUGCAAGUCGGAAAAAAGUGCACGCGACGCUGGCUUUUCGGCUGCAGAUUUCCUCGGGCUUGCUCGUCUUAAGGGCACCGUGGUCCAGAACGGCGAGCUCGACUGGGAUUCCAUCAUGAUGUACGACUCGGCCGCUGGUGCUAAGAAAGGCACCAAGGCGCUGGUUAAGAAUGAUAGGAGCGAGACGGAGCUCCCGAUCAUUAAGACUGCUUCCGAAGGGGACGUGUCCUCCGUUGGCAAGCUCUACCCGGUCAAGGAUGGGCAUGGGGAAAGCGAGACGUCGGAUAGCGACUGA